AGGUUCAAGCCUGCCCUGCACACCUUGGAAGAAAACCAUGGGCCAGCCCUCACCGACAAAACCUAAUCCUGCCGCGACAACAACACCAACACCACCCAAGUCUCCUAUUUUCCCUCGCCCUCGCCCACCAUGGCGACCUCGCGCGACGCUCCCAACCCGCUGCGCCCCUACUACAUCCCACCCUCCAUUGGCCUCCCGCCUGACGCACCAGCCAAUCACUCCACUCCAUACUAUUCACAUUCCUCCUCCCGCUCGCCGAAACCGAGCUUUGGCAGCCAGGCACGCGAUAUUCUGUCCGAUCUCGACUACGACUCGUACUUCCCGGACAGCAAUCCCACCUUGGCCGAGCAUGCAAAGAGAUUCGUGGACCAGGCCCUUUGGAAUUACACGUCGGUGUUAUUGGCCCAGCCGUUCGAGGUCGCAAAGACGUUGCUGCAGGUCCACCAUGCCGGAGGGCAGGCGCCGCUAGGGCUGAAGAUCAACGCGGAUGAGCCAAGGAGUAGUAGGCCGAAUUCGUUUGCGAGUGGGAAGUUCGAAGAUUACCCCUCCGAUGACUCCGAUUCCGACUCCCCCGGAUACUUCACAUCUACCGCCCCUCGCGCUCCGAUGACCCCAUUCACGCCAUCGUCGCCCUCGCCCUCUACUUCCCGCGGUCCCGAACGCCGUCCCCGCCAUGCCCCCAGCCGAUCAAAUUCCUCCACCCCGACACAAGCCCCUCCCCCCGCACUCCGCGCCCUCGAACUACGGAAAUCAGACGCCCUGCUUGAAGUCAUCUCACAGCUCUGGCAAAAGGAGUCAGCAUGGGGUGUCUGGAAAGGCACCAAUGUGACAUUCGUGUACAACUUCCUCCUCAAAACCACAGAAAGCUGGACACGAAGCAUGCUCUCUGCACUACUCAACGUACCCGACCCAGGACUUAUGGGUGCAUCCGUGAGCGGUUUUGGCGGGCUCGACAUAAUAGACAGCCCUCACCCGCUCCUCUCCCUCUCUGUCGCCGUUGUCGCUGCCGCUAUCGCCGCCAUCGCUCUCUCCCCCCUCGACAUCAUCCGCACGCGACUAAUCGUCACCCCCACCACGGCCCCCCCACGAACAAUAUACCCCUCCCUCUCGCUCCUUCCAUCCCUCUCUCUCCCACCAACCCUCUUCCCAGUGACCCUCCUCCACUCCACCCUCCCAACCCUCAUAUCCACUUCCACCCCCCUGAUCCUCCGCUCCACCUUCUCAAUCGACCCCGUAAUCACUCCAUCCAUGUACUCCAUAUCCACCUUCCUCUCCUCAGCCAUCGAGCUCUUCUUGCGCCUGCCCCUCGAGACCGUCCUCCGAAGAGGUCAAGUCGCCGUCCUCCAAGAACACGAAAACCUCCGCUUAUCAGACUCCUUCCGCGAUGUCAACGCCCGCUCCGUUCGCACACCAGUGUUUGGCAUGGAGAACGAGGACCCCCUCAUUCGGAAUUUUAAAACGAUUGUGGAGCCGGGCCCAUAUAAGGGCGUGGUGGGGACUAUGUGGUUUAUUGUCCGCGAGGAGGGCGUGCAAAUUAUUGGGCCUCCCGCCGGAACGGCAACGGCGAAUUCGACGGAGAAGAAGAUACAGACGCCUGCGAAAACGCCGGGAUUUUCGGCGAGGCAGCGCGUUAGGAAGGGGCAGGGUGUGUAUGGGUUGUGGAGGGGGUGGAGAGUGGGGUUUUGGGGUCUCGUGGGCGUUUGGGGUGCCGCUGCCCUGGGGGGCGGAGGUGGGGAGUUUUAGGAUUGGGUGAAGUAAGGUUAGAUGGUUGG